AUGAUAACAAAAGUAAUCAUGGUUCUAUUUCAAACUUAUCUAUUUUAUUUGAUAUCUCUUCCUCCAGAAUUACUUAAAUCAAAACCUUCACAAACCUACAAAGUUGAAGGAAUUAGUGGAUUGAUAUUAAUACAUUUUGGGCAACAUAUUGCACGAAUAGCAAAUAUUUGUUUAUCCUUAUUUUAUAUUUAUUUAAUGUAUCAACAAGAAAUGGAUAAUUUACCAAUUCCAACUUAUUCAUCUUCAAUAGAAACAUAUUAUUUUAAUUUCGCUUAUGAAGAUUUGUUUAGGCCGCAUAAAUUAUCAAACUGGAACUUAGAGGAUGUAGUAUUUUGUUUUAUGGCGAUAUUUGGAGCUAUGUUAAGAUUACGGUGUUUUAAGGUUAUGAAGGAGUUUUUUACGUUUAACGUUGAGAUUAAGAAAAACCAUAAAUUGAUUACUACUGGACCUUAUAGUCUUUUAAUUCAUCCAUCGGUAAAAAUUAUGAUUAAAUAA